AUGGGCCUGUAUUUCUACGGGCUGCGGACGACCAGCGCUGCCUACUCUUCUAUCUUCCUCAACCUGAUCCCAAUUGCCACCUUCGUCACUGCGAUAGUGCUACGGGCUGAGAAUCUAGCACUGGGACAGUGGGCAGGAAAGAUGAAGCUGCUUGGCGCGCUGCUCUGCGUCGGCGGAACCAUGCUGGUAAGCCUGCUGAAAGGCCCGCUGCUGCAUCUUUGGCCCACCAACCUGCUCGGGUACUCCCAGGCACCUGCAGCCAACGCGACGGGUGCUCACCACAACAUGGUGGUAGGUACCCUCUGGUUGUGUGGCAGCUGCAUGAGCUAUGCACUCUACUUCAUCGUCCAGGAGAGGCUUGUGAAGGUGUUCCCGUCAACCUAUUGGAUGACAUCGCUGACGUCGCUGGUGGGGAGUAUUCAGGCCUUGGUGGUGGGUGUGUUCCUCGUCCGUGACAGAGCGGAAUGGAAGCUCCACUGGAACCUGGAGCUCCUGACUGUCGUGUAUUCGGGUGUACUCAACACCGGCCUCGCGUUUCUGCUGCUCUCGUGGGUGAUCCGCCGGAGUGGACCCAUCUACCCGACCAUGUUCAACUCAGUUUGCUUGGUUAUGACGACUGUUCUCGACUCGGUCCUCCUUGGCACCCAGAUCUACCUUGGGAGCGUUCUCGGGACAGUCAUAACCGUGGUGGGAAUGUAUGCGUUCCUUUGGGGCAAGGGCACCGAGCUCAAGCGCGCCGCGAUGGCGAUGGCAUCACCGUCCCAGGAGGCGUAG